AUGUCGCUUCUUUGGACAAUCACUGCCACCUUCCUCUACACCGAGGCAGCUGUCAUUACACUUCUUCUGAUGCCAUUCAUUUCCUCCAAAAUGCAGGUUAGAGAGCAGAAUCGUUCGGUCUAUCUCAUGAAACUCUUCAGGGCUCAGCGGAAUCUGUAUAUCUCGGGAUUUUGUCUCUUUUUAUGGUUUGGUUCUGAUCUCUUACUGGUAUUUCAUAAACACCUUAUCAAUUUUUUGAUGGAUUUCUGUUUAUGUAAAAGUUUAUGGCAUAAAGGGCCUUGA